AUGUAUCCAUUGUUUUUGUUACUAAUUUUCGCACGAGCCUCUGAAUCCUCAUCUGAAGGCUACUGUGGUUCCUACCACGGAUUCAUUUGUAAAAACUACAUUUUAAGCUCCAAACAAGUGUGGUAUAACAACAGCGGCGGUUACGAAAAUGAAAAAAUUACCACAGCUCUUUGGGACGAGCUGAUAGUGACUUUGAACGAGCCGUGUAGAACCGCAGCAGAAAAACUGCUUUGUUUCUAUUCAUUUCCCGAUUGCAAUGUAUCUAAACCUCUUCCAUUGUGCCACCAAGAUUGUGUGGCAGUGCAGAAAUUGUUUUGCUACAAAGAAUGGGGUCUGAUUGAAGAUAAAAAGCUGCAAGGUAUUUAUAUUAAAUCUAGGGGUCAUUUUCGUUUACCAGAUUGUUCUAUUUUGCCCAAAUACAAUAGAGAUGAGCCAGAAUGUGCUUAUGCUGGUUUGACCGACAUGAAAUUAGAUGAAGUGAGUCAUGAUUGUGUUAAAGGUCGAGGGCGAUUUUAUCAAGGUAAAGUUAAUAUUACCAAAGCGGGGAUACCGUGUCAACGGUGGGACUCUCAAUUGCCACAUACCCAUGAUUCACCACCUAAUAUUUUUCCGGAACUUACCAAUGCUGAGAAUUACUGUAGGAAUGCUGGGGGAGAGGAGAAGAGACCUUGGUGCUUUACUACUAAUCCGGAGAUACGAUGGCAACAUUGCGAUAUACCACGUUGCCCAAAUUCGACUUUUGAAGAAGUUGAAACUAAAAGUAUUGCUAUGGAUCGAUUUCUGUCUCCAACUUUCCUAAUUGUAGCAUCUUCUGUUGGGUUAUUUGUUCUUCUUUCAGUUCUAUUAUUAAUUCUACUAUGUUAUCGCAUUCACAAACGACGUUUAUUGGGUUACAAUGCCCCAGAAACUGGUGAAGUUAACAUCGAUUUAGACAAACUUCCCAGUAACAUGGCAUACCACAGCCAUGGGGCUACUUUAAACCCCAAAUUAGAAAAAUUAGAAUUCCCCAGAAAUGAUAUUAUCUACAUUAGAGAUUUAGGACAAGGAGCGUUUGGUAGUGUGUUCCAGGCUAAAGCACCAGGAUUAAUCUCAGGUGAAGAAUUCACCAUAGUAGCUGUUAAAAUGCUUAAAGAAGACGCUUCUGAGGACAUGCAGGACGAUUUCGAAAAAGAAGCUUGUUUGUUGGCCGAAUUUGAUCAUCCAAAUAUCGUGAAAUUGCUUGGUGUGUGUGCUAUGGGACGACCAAUGUGCUUGCUUUUUGAAUACAUGGGAAAAGGGGAUUUGAACGAGUUCUUGAGGCAGUGUUCACCUAGUAAUUACAUAGUUAGAAGCAUUAUAGAUGGCAGCUCACCCAAUAGGGAUGUUUACAAGGAUAACCAGUUGGGUCAUCUAGAGAAAGUCAAUAUUGCUCUUCAGAUUGCUUCAGGUAUGGUCUACUUAUCACAAAGAAAGUUCGUACACAGAGACUUAGCCACUAGAAACUGUCUCAUCAGCGACGACAUGGUGGUGAAAAUAGCCGAUUUCGGCCUGUCACAAAAGAUCUACCUCCAAGACUAUUACAAAGGCAGUGACCGGGACGCCAUACCCGUACGAUGGAUGCCAUUAGAAAGCAUUCUCUAUAACAAAUACACCCCCGAAUCUGACGUAUGGGCCUUUGGCGUAUGCCUGUGGGAGAUCUUCUCCUAUGCCUUACAACCAUACUACGGGAUGACGCACGAGGAGGUCAUCAAGUUUCUCAAAGAGGGAAACGUGUUAUCUAGUCCAGAAAGUUGCCCUGCGCCUGUCUACGAACUAAUGAAGCAGUGCUGGGGACAAAAGCCUGUCGACAGGCCUAGUUUUGAAAGGGUUUAUCAGACUUUGAUGGACGUACGGGUAAAUAUGCUGUCCAUGCCUAUGCAUUAG